AUUAUAUUAUUACCUUCUUCUUCUUCCUUCUCUUUGCCCUAAAAAAUAAAAACAAAACAAAACACAAAAUUUCAUCUCUCUUUUUUCCCUCUUUCUCGUCUCUCUGCGGGAAGUGUUAUUUGGGUGGGAGAGAAAGAUAGAUUUUGACUUCUGACAAUUCAUUAGUCCAUCAGAGGUCGGGCUGUCAAGUUUUGACAGCCCGAGUUUGAAGAAGAACCUUCCAGGGACUUGUUUUUCUAUUAUUGAGAUUGGUCUGCUGCUAGAUUUUGGAGUAUAUUUAUUUUUGGACAAUCAUGGGUUCUUUGUCUGGGAUCAUCCAACGGCCACUUGUUGCUGCUGCUGCUGUUAUAGCCGCUUCUGUCUCUGCUGAUGUCUCUGAGAGGUUCUCAUCUCUUAGAUCACUAGUUCGAGGUUCUGAUUCAGAGCAGAUUGCUACUGCUUCAGUGUCUGGUUCUGUUCAGGACGAUAGCUCCUUAUGGGUUUCUCAACUCUCAGCAUCCAAGCUCUUGGAUUUAUCCUUUUUGUCGAGAAUUCGUGUUCCUGUACCAAGUGUUGAUCUCCUAGCUCCUAAUCCGUGCUGUGAUCUCGCUCCUUCUCUUACUUCUCUGUCUGCUCUUCGUAGUGUUUAUCAGUCUGCAGAAUUGGCUAAGGCAUCGAAACCAUCAGCAUUCACAAUCGGGGCUUCGCUUGUGGUUCCUGAUGUUUCAUAUAGAUGGCAUUUGCCUGAGACUAGUGCAGUCGAUGUGUCUGGUUCCUCUAGCUGUGCAUUGGAGAAGAAUAGAACUGUUGUGGUUUUGCUUGGAUGGCUUGGAUCAAAGCAGAAGCAUCUUAAAAAAUAUGCGGAAUGGUAUACUUCAAGGGGUUACCAUGUCAUCACAUUUACUCUUCCCAUGAAUGAGAUUAUGAGUUAUCAAGUUGGAGGAAAAGCAGAGAAGAACAUUGAGUCGCUGGUUAAUCACUUGGCUGAUUGCUUAGAUGAAGAGCAAAACAAAAAUCUCGUCUUUCACACCUUCAGCAACACGGGGUGGUUAACAUAUGGAGCCAUUUUGGAGAAGUUUCAGAAGCAAGAUUCAUCAUUGAUGGGAAAGGUUAAAGGUUGCAUAGUGGAUUCAGCUCCUGUUGCUGCUGCAGAUCCUACGGUAUGGGCAUCAGGUUUCUCAGCUGCGUUCUUGAAGAAGAACAGUGUAGCCACUAAAGGAUCUGCAAGCUCAUCAUAUGAGUCAAACGUUGGAACACAAACUAACGGUAUAAACUUCUCCCAGCCUAAACCUGCCGCAACAGAAACUGCUUUGCUUUUGGUCCUUGAAAAGUUCUUUGCGGUGAUUCUAAAUCUUCCUAAAGUAAACAGGAGACUCGCAGAUGUUCUAGACACUUUAUCAUCAGCACAACCAAGAUGUCCACAGUUGUACAUUUACAGCUCUGCAGAUAGGGUUAUACCUGCGGAACAAGUUGAAUCAUUCAUUGUAGAGCAGAGGAAAGCAGGACACGAGGUCCGAGCUUGCAACUUCAUAUCUUCACCUCAUGUAGAUCAUUUCCGGAGUAACCCAGAACUGUAUACAGCUGAGCUUAACCAUUUCAUGGACAACUUUGUCCUUUCUUGCUGCCACCAUUCUUCAUAGCAACUUCCACAAGUGUUGUUGUUGCUAAUUUUUUUUUGUUGUUCUUUUCAACCCUAUACACAGAAAAGAAAAAGUUACUAAUUGAUGAUUCUUUUGGUUUGGAUUGGUGGUAUAUAGAUUUCACAUCUAGUCCUUUGUAAAUUGUUGGAUUAUGUACAUUUAGGAGAUUGAAGAUUCAACAAAGUGAUGUCCUUUGUAUCGGAAUUUUUGUUAA